AUGUGGAAACUGCUUGUUUGCUCCGUUCUAUUGGCUUGCCAAAUCGAUCUCGUGGCGGUGGAGCGCAGUGUAGAGUUCCUCACCGGGAACUGCUCGUACAGUCCGAAGUAUUUCAAAAACUUUUCGCUGACAAUAGUCGACAACUUGCUUAACAUGGACAUGGAUCUGAACCGGCCCAUUCAGAGGGGCUUCAAGGCCCACUUCGACAUUCAGCUGCGACUGGCCAACGCCAAGAACUUCCAGUCCAUGUUCAACCAAAAGAACGACGUGUGUGCUGUGACGUCGGGUGUCAAGAACAGCCUGUUCAAGACCUGGUUCAAGGAUAUGACCAAGGACAGUAACUUCAUGUACAACUGCCCAGUGGAGGUGGGCCACUACUACCUGCGCAACUGGCGCAUGGGGAGUUCAAUGACCCACAAGUUUCUUAUCCCUGGUGAAUAUCGCGCCAAGGUCAGCUUCUUCUACGGCAAAUACGCGACUAAGUCGUACGAGGAAGCAUUGAAUCUGACGAUUGAUGCGAUCCUAUCCAACUAG